AUGAUCCACGAGGCUGACCUUGCCGAAGAACUGAUCCAGUCGAAUCCACUCACGAUUUUUGCCCCAACUAAUCGCGCCAUCCGAAAACUGACGCCAAGUGUGAGAAACAAACUAAGGAAUAAAGAAACACUUAAAAAAUUCGUAUCUCAUCACGUGACUCGAAAAAUCAUUUGCGGCGAUGCGAUUGUCAUUUCGUGCGGCUUGACCAAUAUGAACGGGUAUCGUUUAAAGGUGUCCUGCACUCCAGAAGGACAUUUCGUCGCAAACUCUAAGCUUAUCGAGCACGACAUGGUGGCCGACAAUGGAAUCGUCCAUGCCAUAGACACCGUUCUUCUACCCGAUGCAGUGAAGAAUAUGGUGGACUUAGCGAAUGAUCUGAAACUGCACAAAUUCCUAAAUAUUUCCAAAGAUGCAGGAAUGACCGAAACUCUGAGAAAAGAAGAGGACUUCACCCUUUUCGCUCCAACAGACGAUGCAUUUAAUUCUCUGUCAACAGAAUACAUGUCUGCUUUGAGAUCGCAACCUCAAUUAAUGAAGAACUUGCUCAACUAUCACAUCGUCAAAGGAAAAGUGACAUCCGACGAAAUGGUCGGGCAACAGAAUUUUACCAGUAAAAUCGCUGUUAAAAUAAAAGUCAACGUUUUCCGAAACGGCAUUGUGGUAGACGAUGCUAAAGUGUUAAGCACUGACCGCCAGAGUGAUUAUGGCGUGAUUCAUACCAUCAAUAAGGUACUCAUCCCGCCAGAACAGACACUAAUGGGCCUUAUUCAAACUGACCCUGCACUAAGUCAAUUCCGACAAGCGAUUGAGACUGCCGGUUUGGUGGAACUUCUGGAGUCUAGCAAUGGCCAGCUGACCGUUUUAGCCCCAACAAACGAUGCUUUCGACACAAUGGAAAGAGUGAGGCUCAACAAGUUAAUGUCAAAUCCUAAAUUGUUGAAAAAGCAUCUCCUUCAUCACAUGGUGGACCGGAUUCUGGUGCCAUGCGCUUUGGUUCCGAAGACAAUGUACAAUAUGAACUCAGUCCAAGGCGAGACGCUCACUUUCCGAUUGGCUCCCAACGAUGAUCUGAUGGUGUUCGAUAUGCCCUUGUCAAAACCUCCCAACAACAAUGCAAUGGCUGUCAACGGAAUACUUUAUAAGUUAAACAGUUUUCUACAAUGCGAGUGUCGACCAAAGAACAUUGCAACUAAGAUCUAA